GUUUCGCACUAAACAAGUUUUAAGAGACUUCUCGGUAAAAUUAUUUUAAAAUAAAUAUUCCUAGUCGACGUUUCAGUGUUGAAGUACUUGACUGACGUUCUGGAACUACCCAAUUUACAUUGAGCGUUUGCAAACUUAAUUCAAUCGGUGUUAGCCAACGUUGGGUAAAGUUAAGCAUUAUUUGUUUCGUUAAGAGUGGCGUGAUUAAUUACCAAUAGAAUAAUUAACGAGUACAAUUUGCUAAGAUGUCCGGAAAGGCUGGUAAAAUACCCGGAAGCGCAACAAAGACCAAAUCGUCGCGUGCCGGCUUGCAGUUUCCAGUCGGCCGUAUCCUGCGAUUAUUGAAAAAAGGCAACUACGCUGAACGUGUGGGCGCUGGUGCACCGGUGUAUUUGGCGGCCGUUUUAGAGUACCUUUCGGCCGAAAUUCUCGAGUUGGCCGGUAACGCUGCUCGGGACAACAAGAAGUCUCGGAUCAUACCCAGACACAUACAGUUGGCCAUACGUAACGACGAAGAGCUCAGCACGUUGUUAAGUGGCGUCACCAUAGCCCAAGGUGGUGUACUGCCCAACAUUCAAGCCAUUCUGCUUCCCAAAAAGACCGAAAAGAAAACCAGCGAUGACUAGUGACACAUUGCGUUAGUUAAACUUGUAAUUUAUACAUAUAUAUUUAUUUUUAUAAUUCUAAUUUAUUAUAUUAUUUUGAUUACUUUUAGAGAUGUAGUUUUUAUAUAGAUAAAAUGAUCGUAUCGUUAAGAAUAUACCAAUAUCAUAUAUGACAUUAAUAAUAUAGUUUUCUAUUGGAUACACAA